AUGAAAGCUAUUGUUAUGAAGGAAAACUACAGAAUGGCAUCACUAGAUGUUAACAAUAUGUAUCCCUCCAUAAACUUAGAAUUAAUUUUAAAUUCACUGUCCGAUGUGAUGAGCCCAGAUUGGGUUAACCAAUUAGUUAAAUUGGUGCUAAAUAAUAACUUUUUUGAAUUUCAAGGUAAAUAUUACCGCCAAUCGGAAGGUAUUCCAAUGGGAUCCUGCAUAGGUCCUAGAUUGGCAGGGUUGUGUAUGAUCACAAUUGAUAAAGAAAUCAACAAAACCCGAGGCAUAAUAAGUUAUCACAGAUAUGUAGAUGACUGUUUCAUCGUCUACGACAAAAGUAUACUAGAUAUUGACUCUUUUGUUUGUGAAAUUAAUUUAAUAAAUAAAAAUGUUCAAUUCCAAUGUGAAAAAGAAGUAGAUAAUAGACUGAAUUACUUAGAACUUACUAUUGUUAGAUUAAAUGUACCAAACCACAAAAGCACCAUAGCAAAUUUGCUAAACAGUAAACAUGGUAACAUUGAACAUAAUGUUUUAGAAAAAGAUAAUGUAGUUUACUCAUUAGAUUGCAGUUGUUCANUUCUUACUAAAGUAGGAGGAAGUGAUCCAACAGGCGAUUUCAAUAGAAUAUAUGUAAAAUGA